GCCCGGCUCGCCCGAGCUCGCCGCACCCGCCAGCCCCCAGCCGCAGGACCCUGGCGAGCGCCCCUGCGCUGGGCUGCUGCCCCGGCCUCGAGUUCCCUGGCUGUGGCGGACUUCCACGACGCACACACGUCUCUCGCUUUUAAAAACCUGACCAAAAACAUAGAAUAAGCUUCAAGCUGGCGGGAACGAUGGGUCACAUAAAGAAAGGCGAGCUGACCCAGGAAGAAAAGGAGCUGCUGGAAGUGAUCGGGAAAGGUACUGUCCAAGAAGCUGGAACACUGUUAUCUAGUAAGAAUGUUCACGUCAACUGUUUGGAUGAGCCAUAUCUUUGUGGGCAAUCUUUCUCUGACAUCACCGAGGAGGAAAUAAAACUUUCUGAGAUUUAUGGGAAAGCAGUAAAAGUUUUCAUUCAUAAGGACAAAGUCUUUGGCUUCACCCGCUUGGAAACACGACCCCUAGUGGAAAUUGGCAAAGUGAACCUGGACAAUUUGUCUCUCUGUGGAGGAAAGUGGAGGGCUGUGGUCACUGUGGAUGACCAGGAAGGCCCUCAGGGAAAGGCAUUGAUGAGUUCUCAGGAAGUCGGCUGCUCGGAAACUCUGGACAGAUGCGGCAAUAAAGACAUCACGUGGGCCAUGUUGGAGGCAGGCGCCGAGACGGACGUUGUGAACUCAGUGGGAAGAACAGCCGCUCAAAUGGCAGCCUUUGUGGGUCAGCAUGAUUGUGUGGCUAUAAUCAACAAUUUCUUCCCUCGGGAGAGGCUGGAUUAUUACACUAAACCCCAGGGGUUGGAUAAAGAGCCGAAACUGCCCCCAAAGUUGGCAGGACCACUGCACAAAAUCAUCACCACAACGAACCUCCACCCCGUCAAGAUUGUGAUGCUUGUGAAUGAGAACCCUCUGCUGGCGGAAGCAGCGGCUCUUGGGAGGUGCUACAAGGUGAUGGAUUUGAUCUGUGAGAAGUGCAUGAAACAAAGAGACAUGAACGAGGUGCUGGCUAUGAAAAUGCACUAUAUCAGCUGCAUCUUUCAGAAGUGCAUUACCUUCCUCAAAGAAGGAGAGAAUAAACUGGAGACCCUGAUCAAAAGCUUGUUGAAGGGCAGAGCGUCUGAUGGCUUCCCGGUGUAUCAGGAAAAGAUCAUCAGAGAGAGCAUCAGGAAGUUCCCGUACUGUGAAGCCACACUCCUCCAGCAGCUGGUGCGAAGCAUCGCUCCAGUGGAAAUCGGGUCUGAUCCCACUGCGUUCUCGGUGCUCACCCAAGCCAUCACUGGACAAGUGGGUUUUGUGGAUGUUGAGUUUUGCACCACCUGUGGAGAAAAAGGAGCAAGUAAAAGAUGCUCGGUUUGCAAAAUGGUAAUAUAUUGUGAUCAGACCUGCCAGAAAACACACUGGUUCGCACAUAAGAAGAUGUGUAAGAGUCUGAAAGAUGUUUAUGAGAAGCAGCAGUCUGAAGCCGCCAAACAUAAGAGCCAGGAGGAAAAGCAUGGAAAGCUUGAUGUCAAUUCUAACCAUGUUAAUGAAGAUCAACCAGAGGCUGAAGUGGGCAUCUCUCAAGAAAAUCCCACUCCUGACGAUUCUGCGGAAGGAGACAGAGAACCUGGAGACGAGGCCGGAGCAGCCCGGGCACAGGAUGAUCCUACGGGGCCCCAGCUGUCCGAGGAGUAAGAGCUGUCAACGGUGAACAGCACAGGCCACGUUCAUCCCGCAGAUAGCUGCAGAACUCAUGUGACUGUCUCCAUUUGCUGUGACUCUGCAUGGCACCGCGGCAGGAGUGCACAUCCCUAGAGUAGAGGCUUUCAAGCAAAGCUACCUCCUCUGCCUUGAUUUCCUCUUCAGCUCUGUUCUAUAGUCGAACAGGCAUUUCUGUGGAAAAUAUUUUCUUUCAAAAUACACACAAAAAACAUGUCCAUUCCCUUUCUGGCCCCCCAGUGAUUGUACACAAAGGAAAAUAAAUCCCCUUAAAGAAGAAAUCUGGGUUCUAGGGAAGAUGUGAAAGAGAAGCACUGUUUAGGGAAAGAGAAAUCACGGGCAUAGAAAUAGGCCGUCAUAAAGAGCAAAGCUUCCCAGUGAAUAAAGGGCAUCUGAAUCGUUCUUAUUGUCCUGAAGCUGGACAUACAAAGCUGUAAUGAGGAACACUCUGUAUUCAAAGAGCUUUUCCAUAAUUCAGCCUGGCGUAGCUUAAAUAGAAAUUAUCAAGAGCACUUUGAGCCCUGUGUUUCUUGCAGCAAUAUUCUCUGUAGUAUUUGAACAUUUAGAAACGCUGGAUCAAACACUGGGUAGUCACUGUACCCGUACUUCCUGUAGAACCACCUCAUGCACCAUACUCUAUCUGAAAAGCCAACUUUUAUCUUCCUACCAACCUUUCAUGAGCCUCAUCCUACCCAGGUACUGUGACUUAGAGCUGUCGUUUUAAGAAUGUCCCGUUCUGUAUUUUAGCGUAUGUGGCAUGUAAGCAAAGCUGGAGUGCCGUGUCUGAUGGAGGUGCUGUCUUUCGGUUUCCUGUUGGCUUUAAAAUAAAUCUACCUACAUACAUGGUU